ACUGUUUCCUGGAGUUUGAGUUCCGGGCUGUGGCGGGGCGGCUUCCCUAAGCUCCGGUGAGUAGCACCCACGCCCAGAGCCCAGGCCGAUUCUGCAGUCCGAUCGCGCGGCACGUGGAGCCCGGUAGAGUUGGUGCAAAUGUACUCCGCUCCGUUUGAGCUCAGGCUCUGCAGCCCGUGCGAAGCUGGGAGGAAACCAGAGCCUGUGACCCUCUCACUCUAGCAGACGCAAACCACGUGGUUCAGGUUCUGGGACAUGGCCAGAAAGGCUCUCAAGCUUGCUUCGUGGUCCAGCGUGGCUCUCGCUGCCUCUGGUGUCUACCUCUACAGUAACAACUACUUGGACCCUAAUGACUUUGGCGCCGUCAGGGUGGGCAGAGCUGUUGCUACGACAGCUGUCAUCAGCUACGACUACCUCACCUCCCUGAGGAGUGUCCCAUAUGGCUCAGAGGAGUAUUUGCAGCGUCGAUCCCAGGUACAUCUCCGCUCUGCCAGGCGUCUCUGUGAGCUGUGCUGUGCCAACCGGGGCACUUUCAUCAAGGUGGGCCAGCACCUGGGGGCUCUGGACUACCUGCUGCCAGAAGAGUACACCAGCACGCUGAAGGUGUUGCACAGUCAGGCCCCACAGAGCAGCAUGCAGGAGGUCCGACAGGUCAUCCGAGAAGACCUGGGCAAGGAGAUCCAUGAUUUGUUCCUGAGCUUCGAUGACACCCCUCUCGGGGCAGCCUCCCUGGCCCAGGUCCACAAGGCAGUGUUGCAUGAUGGUCGGACAGUGGCAGUUAAGGUCCAGCACCCGAAGGUUCAGGCUCAAAGCUCCAAGGACAUUCUCUUGAUGGAGGUGCUCGUGCUUGCUGUGAAGCAACUUUUCCCAGAUUUUGAAUUCAUGUGGCUGGUGGAUGAAGCCAAGAAGAACCUGCCUCUCGAGUUGGACUUCCUAAAUGAAGGGAGGAACGCUGAGAAAGUGGCCCACAUGCUCAAGCACUUUGACUUCCUAAAGGUCCCCCAGAUCCACUGGGAGCUGUCUACCAAGAGGGUGCUUCUGAUGGAAUUUGUGGAGGGAGGUCAGGUCAACGACAAGGCUUACAUGGAGAAGAACCAGAUCGAUGUGAAUGAGAUCUCCUGCCACCUGGGCAAGAUGUACAGUGAGAUGAUCUUUGUCAACGGCUUUGUGCACUGUGACCCCCACCCAGGCAACGUGCUGGUGCGGAAGCGUCCGGACACGGGCAAGGCUGAGAUUGUCCUCUUAGACCAUGGGCUUUACCAGGUGCUCACGGAGGAGUUCCGCCUGGACUACUGCCAUCUGUGGCAGUCUCUGAUCUGGACCGACAUGGACAGGGUGAAACAGUACAGCCAGCGCCUGGGAGCUGCAGACCUCUACCCACUGUUUGCCUGUAUGCUGACAGCCCGGUCCUGGGACUCAGUCAAACGGGGCAUUGGGCAAGCUCCAGUCUCUGCCACUGAGGACUCAGAGAUCCGCAAUAAUGCGGCCUGCUACCUGCCCGAGAUCAGCCAGCUCCUUAACCAUGUGCCUCGCCAGAUGCUGCUCAUCCUGAAGACCAACGACCUCCUCCGCAGCAUCGAGACCACCCUGGGCACGCGCUCCAGCGCCAGCUCCUUCCUCAACAUGUCUCGGUGUUGUAUCAGGGCACUGGCUGAGCACAGGAAGAGGGAUGCUGGCUCAUUCUUCAGAAGGACCCAGAUAUCUUUCAGCGAGGCCUUUAGCCUCUGGCAGAUCAACCUUCAUGAACUUCUCCUUCGAGUGAAGGCCUUGAGGCUAGCUUGCUGGGUCUCAGCUCUCCUGGGCUGGCUGACUCGGGCUCCACACUGAACAUGACUGUCAUUCCCUGCCCCUUCCUAGUGUCUUUCCACACCUCAUUCUUUCCUUCAUGCUGGGACUACCCACUGACCCAUGUCUGCCUAGGGUUAGCCUGUGGUCCCAGGGUGGUCACCCAUGGCACCAUCCAGCUCUGCCAUAGUAGCCCCUGCCUUGUGGUGUUCUUGUCUUGGGGUCCUAGAAUGUACUAGAGAGUGAGUUUCUUUCCUCUAGGGUGGGGAUAAAGCAACCUGCCUCUUGUCUCCUGUGUGUGCCAAUGGCUUGGUCACCCCUACUUUUAUGAGGAUUGUCAGAAUGGACCAACCACAUGUGCCACAGGGGCAUGUUUAACUUGUAGUUAGUAAGUGGGGUCUCAGAACUUGCUGAGAACACACUUUAUAUUUUUAUCACUCCCAAAGGUGUCCCACCUCAGUGAGGAAGGUUGCAUCUGAGAGUGAACAAUGCAGCUGUGGGUUCAUGCUGUCAUGGUGACACCUUCAGUAUCAUAUGUAUUGUUUAUUGUAAUAAACCUUUUCAAGGUUUCAGGGAC